AUGUUGUUCCAUGAAGCAUCUCCGCUGAGCAUCAUAUCUGGGAGUCCAAAUAUCAUGGACCUUGUUAAAUGUCAUGGUGCUGCUCUUUUGCAUGGUGACAGAGUAUGGCGGCUAUGCAUAACUCCAACGGAGCCUCAGAUACGUGAUAUAUCCUCGUGGCUGUCAGAGGUUCAUAUGGAUUCCACCGGUUUGAGUACUGAUAGCCUUGUUGAUGCUGGAUAUCGAGGAGCAGCUUCCCUUGGUGACAAGAUUUGUGGGAUGGCAAUGGCUAAGAUUGGCCCAAAUGAUAUUGUUUUCUGGUUCAGGUCACAUACAGCUGCUGAUAUCAAAUGGGGUAGUGCAAAGCAUAAUCCAUCUGACCAGGAUGAUAGCAGAAGAAUGCACCCUAGGUUGACGUUCAUGGCAUUCCUCGAGGUUGUUAAGAUGAAAAGUAUGCCGUGGAAUGACUAUGAGAUGGAUGCCAUCUGCUCAUUGCCGCUCAUACUUAGAGAUAGGAUGAAUGGUGACGCAAAACCAACCGGGGCAGCUGGUUUAGAUAACCUGCAGAUUGAUGACAUCAAACUUGAUUGUCUUGAUAAAUUGCACAUGGUUACAAGUGAAAUGGUUCAUAUGGUGGAAGCAACAAGUCCUCUAAUCUUGGCUCUAGAUGUUAACGGAUUACUCAAUGAAAGGAACCAGAACAAUGCUAUCAAGUCAGCCAAGGAUUCUUUCGAUGCAAAUGGAUUGGUCAGUGGAUGGAACCUUAAGUUAGUGGAGCUGACAGGAUUGAUAGUGGAGGAGACUGUAGGAAGGCACAUACUUACCCUGGUAGAGCAAUCAUCUUUACCAGUUGUACAGAAAAUGCUAUACUUGGCUCUGGAUGGCAAAGAAGAGAAGGAGGUUCGAUUUGAAAUGAAAACUCAUAGUUCGAGGGCAGAUGAUGGGCCAGUUAUCUUGGUUGCAAAUGCUUGUUCCACCAAUGAUAGUUAUGGCCAUGUAAUUGGGGUGUGCUUUGUGGCCCAAGAUAUGACUGUUCAUAAGCUGGCCAUGGACAAAUUUACUCGGGUUGAUGGAGACAACAAGGCAAUAAUUCACAACCCAAACCCACUCAUUCCUCCUAUAUUUGGUGCUGACCAGUUUGGGUGGUGCUCCGAGUGGAAUGCCGCCAUGACUAAGCUCACUGGGUUCCAUAGAGAUGAGGUGAUGGAUAAGAUGAUUGUUGGUGAAGUCUUUGACAGUAGCAAUGGCUCUUGUCUUUUGAAGAAUCAUGAAUCAUUUGUACGCCUUCGCGUCAUUAUCAGCAGUGCGCUGUCUGGCAAACAAACAGACAAGGCUACAUUUGGCUUCUACAACCGAAAUGGAAUGGACAUUGAAUGUAUUCUGUCGGCUUAUGGAAAAGAAAACACAAAUGCCGUCAUUGAUGGAGUAUUCUGCUACAUACAAGUUCACAGCCAGGAGCUGCAGCAUGCACUACAUGUGAAGCAAGCCUCAGAGCAGACGACCUUAAGAAAGAUGAAGGCUUUCUCCUACACGAGAUAUGCUAUCAACAAUCCUCUCUCAGGUUUGCUUUACUCGAGAGAAGCACUGAAGAGCACGGGUUUGAAUGAAGAGCAGAUGAGACACCCCAAUGUUGCAGACCAUUGUCACCACCAGCUCGACAAGAUACUUGCCGACAUUGAUCAUGAUAACAUAACUGAUGAGUUGUUUUGCUUCGAGCUGGAGAUGGUUGAAUUUGUGUUGCAAGAUGUGGUACAGGGUGCUAUAAGUCAAGUAGUGACAGCUUGUAGGGACAAAGACAUUGGAGUCCUUUUAAACCAGUCAGAGGGAUUUACGAAGGAAAAAGUUUAUGGUGAUGGAAUUCGACUCCAACAGAUUCUCUCCGACAUUCUAUUUGUUUCAGUGAAGUUCUCUACAGUUGGGGGUUGUGUUGAGAUUUCCUGCAACCUGACCAAGAAUAGCAUAGGCAAAAGCUUUGAUCUAGAACUUAGGAUCAAACACAAGGGAUUAGGUGUCCCUGGGGAAAUCUUGUUAGGAACUUGCAAGGAUGGCAUCAAAGAUAUGUCAGGGGAGGCUUUGAGCCUUGUAAUUUCAAGAUACUUUCUGAAGCUUAUGAAUGGUGAUAUUCGUUAUGUGAGGAAAGCUAGCACGUCAACUUUCAUCCUCACGGCUGAACUUGCUUCUUCUCCUGCAGCCAUUGGACAAUGA